AUUUCCCAGUAUUCAUAGUGCCCAAGGGCGACGAUUGCGCGUCUCACCUUUCUGCCAAUGCUCUCAGAUCUCAUUCUGUAGGCUACAAAUCGUUCCUAAAAGUAAAACUAUAAUAUGUAGCUAAAACUACUAUUAAAAAACAUAACAAUAGUUAUCCGGUGUCAGAUGCUGAGGCCACUGCAGUUUUGAGCCGUAACACAUUUUAAAACAUCACUAUGAAAAAUGACCUAGCUAGUUAGCAAAAUGACGACGUUGUGAGUUGAGCAUUGCCAAAGGAAAUAAUUAUGUACUUAGCACCGUGUUUAAACUGUAUACCAUCAUGUUGUGUACGUUUUGCUGUAAAGUCUAGUCGACGAAGUAAUCCCGUGAGAUGCAUGAGAGAACAGAUCUUCGGGUCAGUGGUUGUGAAACAUGGACAAACUCGUGGACAUCAAACGUGUGGUGUCACUUGGAUUGGUCGCAGUCACAAAAAUGAACCUGUUCUGUUAAGUGGUGUUCUGCAGAAGAGACAGGCUUCGUCUGAAAGUGGGAAUGUGAGGGUGAGGUUUGCUCCAAGUCCAACAGGUUUUCUGCAUCUGGGAGGACUGCGCACUGCCCUCUAUAAUUUCAUUUUUGCCAAGAAACACGGGGGCACAUUCAUUUUAAGGAUGGAAGACACUGAUCAGAGUCGGCUUGUCCCAGGUGCCGCAGAAAGGAUAGAGGAUAUGCUGGAAUGGGCAGGGAUACCCCCAGAUGAAAGCCCACAAAAAGGAGGAAACUUUGGUCCUUAUCAACAGUCACAGAGACUGGAUGUUUACAGCCGAUCUGCCCAGGAACUAGUGGACAAAGGGGAUGCCUAUCACUGUUUCUGCACUGCACAGAGACUAGAGUUAUUGAAAAAAGAAGCCCUUCGAAGCAGGCAGACCCCUCGGUAUGAUAACAGGUGCCGGCACUUGCGGCCAGACCAGGUGGCAGAAAAGCUGGCUCAGGGGCAACCCCAUGUUAUCCGCUUCCGCCUGCAGGAGGGUGUGGAGCCCUUCAAUGACUUGGUGUUUGGCUGGAACAAGCACGAGGUGGCCACCGUGGAAGGAGACCCCGUCAUCAUGAAAGCCGAUGGCUUCCCCACAUACCACCUGGCCAAUGUGGUGGAUGAUCAUUACAUGCAGAUCAGCCAUGUGCUGAGGGGCACAGAGUGGCUCAUCUCCACCUCUAAGCACCUGCUGAUGUACUCGGCCUUCGGGUGGACCCCGCCCACCUUUGCACACCUGCCCCUUCUGCUGAACAAGGAUGGUAGCAAACUCUCCAAACGCCAGGGCGACAUCUUCAUUGAACACUUUGCCCAAGCGGGGGUUUUGCCUGAAGCACUGCUUGAUAUUAUAACAAAUUGCGGGUCAGGAUUCACAGCAGAGAAUCGUUUUGGGAGGAAGCUUCAUGAAAUGAUUUCAGAAUUUGAUGCAUCAAGAAUAACAACCCACUCUGCGCUUUUGGAUCUAGACAAACUGUCUGAGUUUAAUAGGAUCCAUUUAAUGCGGAGAAUUGAUGAUGAGCAGAAGUGUGGUUUCCUGGUGAAGGAUUUACAGGGCCUCAUUGUGCAGACUUAUGGACCGCAGGUCCAAGAGAACGACGUCCUGCACAGGAAGUAUAUUAAGCGUGUCCUUCACCUUCGAAAGGGGCACAUAACUGGUCUCCAAGACUUGGUGACGCCUGCCUACUCCUACUUGUGGAUGAGACCUUCUGUUCCCAUUGGGCAGCUUGAAGGAGUCUCCUCUGAAGCUCAUACCAUUCUCACCCUUGUGCUGGAGUUGAUUGAGAAGCACGGUAAAGAGUUUACUCCUGAGUGCCUGAAUUUGGAGUUGAAAAGCCUGGCAAAAAAGAUGAAAGUAACAAAAUACAAUACAGUGAUGAAGUUUCUGCGCUUGGCUCUCAGUGGCCAACAGCAAGGACCAAGCGUUGCUGAAAUGAUGGUGUCGUUGGGAUCCAAAGAAAUUUGCAAUCGUUUGCAAGGACUGCUGAAAGGCUGACUGAAAACUUUAAGAAAUUAAUUUACAUUACAAAUCAACACCUCAUCACUAAAUUACGGUUAGCCAUUUUAAAGCAUUGCCUCCAGCCAACUGUCAAUAAUUAGACUAACUGUACCUGUAACAUACAGUAAUGCACACAGAAAUAAUUAAUUUUGUAUGGAUAAUAUGCAGAAUGUGUGAGACACAACUAUGAUUUCCCAAUUAAAAUAUGCUACAACAACA